AUUUGCCGCUCCCGAAAGAAGUGGCAAGUGCCUUUUUGCUCUAAAACGGCCCAAAGCUGGUUGAGGCGUCUUCGCUCUCUUCUAAUCCAUUUGUGUCAGAUGAGAAUAGGGCAAAGACGCCCCAACCGACUUCGCUCUUUCUUAUAGCAUUUCGGGAGCUCUCCAAAGAACUCUGGAGAUGUACGACUAGACCGCAUCGAGUACCGUCUUCGGCGUGUUCACAAUGAUGCUGGCAACCUCAGGAAGUGCCUAUGUGAGCCUUUUGUCACUGUAGCGUAGCAGAAGUUUGUAAGCUGACACGAGUGAGUGCUGCAGAGAUUGACGGAGACAGACUCCUGCAGGAGGCGCAGAAGAAGGACCCAGACCUCCGCCCAGUAGUGAAAUGGCUAGAAACAGGCCUUAGUCCCCUAAGCGCGGUGUAAGUUGCCACUUUGGUCUCUGAGGAAGGUAGACGACCAAAGAAGCAAUACAAAACUAAAACAGGUCACAAGAAGAGGAAGAGCAUGGGUUGUAGGAAAACGUGGGAGUGUUGCCAGGGACAUCAGCAUAACAUUGAAGGGUAGACUGAAGGAUUAAGAGAUUCCAGUUCCCCUUUGCCUGGCCUUCCCUUGCCAUCUUCAGCAAUGGGGUUCAGUACAUUCUUGGUGGUGUUGGACCCUGAGCUGCCUGUCUAUGUCCCAGGGCAGGCUGUCAAUGGCUACCUCAAGGUGUCCUGUCAUGAGGAAGUCUCCUGCAGAAAUAUCACAGUCACUAUCAAGGGGCAGUCCAAGGUGCACUGGUCAGAGAAGAGUGGCAAGAGCAGACGGCACUACCGAGCUGAGGAGCUGUACUUCAGACACCCUGUCCUUGUCUGGAGUGGUGAAGCCUCAGGUAACAACAUGAGUCCCGGCAGCUUCAAGUUUCCCUUCUCCUUCAUUCUCCCACGAGACAUUCCGUCCUCCUUCAUGUCACACUUUGGCAAGGUGGUGUACCAGGUGAAGGCAGAGGCUGACCUGCCCUGGAACUUUGACAAGAGCCACAAGGUGUUCUUCUCUGUCAAUUUCAUGUAUGACCUCAAUAUGGAUCCACUGGCCACGAUCCCUAUGGUAAUCCAGAAGGAAGACACCUUGUGCUGCUGCUGUUGUGCUCAGGGCCCAAUAGAGAUGAACAUGCGGGCACAGCGCUCGGGGUAUGUGCCUGGAGAGAACAUCGUGGUGAAUGGAGAUGUGGUGAACAAUUCAAGUUCUACUGUUGAAUAUACUGAGAUUAAGCUGAUUCAGGUAAUCACUUAUAUCACCAAGUCAAAGCAGAAGCAGACAGAGAGGACAGUGCAGAGAGUGUACCACCCUCUACUGGGACCCGGUAGGAGGGACGAGUGGGCCUCUGUGCCUCUGCCCAUCCCUGCCGUGCCUGCCAGUCACCUGAAGCACUGCAACAUUAUAACCAUUGAUUACAUCUUUGUGCUGCUGGCAAAGUUUGGGACUUGCAGGACAAUGAAAGCCAAGGUGCCCGUGAUCCUUGGCUCCUUGCCCCUACAGAACACGUACUCCUCCUUCCUCAUCCAGCCCAGUGCUGCUGAGUUUGGUGGAACCACCAUGACAAUCCCCACCAACCAUACCCCCAACCACAGCCCUCAACACAGCCCUGUUGUCCCCCCACACUCACACCUGCCCUCAGCUCCCUCACUCACUGCGUCUCCAUACAGUGGUGACCCACCUCCCUACACUGAAAGCUUCCUGCCCGAAGAGUUCCGUGAUGUCCCCCCACCCUCCUAUGCCUCCUGUGUGUUCGGCACUGCAAAUGGUGGCAGACUGGACGAUGACGCUGAGGACAGUGAUACUGGGGAGUUUGCCCCUCGCUACCUUACCUACAGGACACAAACAUAGAGGGGCAGUGUAAUGCUCCCUCUCUGCUGCCAAAUGGUGGAGGACUGGCCUUUCUUGCUGUCAUGUGAGUCUCGGUGUUCCAGCCUGGACUGCUCCAGCAUGGCCCGGCCCCACCACUGACAGCACUACCUCAGCCUCACAUUCUCCAAUACUUUAUGCAGCGUAAGAUUCGUCUCAGGGCACCAGUCAGCUGUGUGGAUAAAUAUUCCAUUACGACCACAGACAUGCAUUUCAAGAGUUCAGGAAGUCUUAUGUAGGUGUGCAAUAUGUCUCUAGUACAUGCAGUCCCUCAAAAAAAUAGGUAAAUAAAGAUUCAUUGAGGUGCCAGUCUCAAAGGAAAGGUAAAAAAGGUUCACUUGGCUUCCAGCAGUUUCUUGUUGUAAGUGUUGGUGUUCUCUCUUUCCUCCUCCAGCUUGUGCCGUAUGAUGUGUGCUGUUGUGGCACCUCAUCUUGUGUACUUGACUCUAUGGUGAUGAUGCUGUCUUGUACUGAUACUGUGUCUUAUCUUAAACAGUGCACAGGUUAAUGAAUCUCUCUCUGUCUCUCUCUCUCUGUCUCUCUCUCUCUCUCUCUCUCUCUCUCUCUCUCUCUCUCUCUCUCUCUCUCUCUCUCUCUCUCUCUCUCUCUCUCUCUCUCUCUCUCUCUCUCUCUCUCUCUCUCUCUCUCUCUCUCUCUCUCUCUCUCUCUCUCUCUCUCCGGACCAGUCUGAUGGUGAACAAGAGUGUCAGUCACACAUGCCAUCCACUCAAGGCUCAGGUAACCAUUCCGUCAAAACUUUGCCUACUGUAGUGUUUUGAAGGAUUUUGGCAUAAUAAUUUACUCUUUUGUUUCCUCCAGAUUGCAUCCCUGAGGAACACGUUUAAUGUUUACUGUAUGUACUCUAAUACUAACAACCAUUUUUGAUGUUCUAGGAGAAAUAGAAAAGACAGUAGUAGGGUAAACUUAUAGAAAUACAUUUUUCCAGUGAUAAUGUGAAAGAAAACUGACAAUUCACAACUGAGAGGUCCAGGGUUCCAAUCCCAGCAUAGUGGAGACAAUUUAGAUGUGUUUCCUUCCAUGCUGCAUUUUUCAAAACUAAAUGUAAAAUAACAAAAAUAUUUCUUGCUUUGCAUUUUCAGAUUCUUCUGGAAAUUUGUUUGAUAUUUUCUAAGUAUUUUCAAAGAAUAGCAACGGUUUUUUGUUUAUUCCUACAAAUUCUAGUCUCUAUCUCUCUCUCUUUUUCUUUCUUUCACCUCCAUCCUUUCCUUUGACAUCAGUUUUGUUAAUUUCUUGUGUUAUUAAUUUUCUGCUUUCUUGUUGAAUGCCACGUGUACAGUGACGUGACUCCUCAGUUUACAGUGGCCUCAGCUUCUGCUGUUUGGUCACAAUGCUGAUAAUACUCAUCCCCCUGUGUACUUUCACCCUUACUGAUUCUUUUUGUUACUGUUUGAGUUUAUUAUAUUCUAUUUACUGCAUAUAUUUUUUCCAUGUAUUUUUCUUAUCUUCAGGGCUAGAGUAGAUAUGUUUUUAUGGCCUAGAGUAUAACUUUACAGUACUAUAGCAUUAGCAUUAGCAUAGGUGAGUGACAUACUGUAGGUGCUCACUUAGGUUGGUUCCCUUGAGGACCCCAUGUAAUUCUAUCCUCAAUUAGCAACUGUUUUGAUGGUGUUGCUUCAUGUUGAUAGCGUUGAUAUUGUCGUUGAUUCGUGUCGUUAACGUACAUAUGCACUGCACUGGCUAAAAGUUACAUCAUGGGAGGCAAAACAGUUGAUAUGAUGCUGAUAGGUUUGGUGAACUGAUGGAAAAAGGGAAAGGUUACAUGUAGUAUUCCAUGAAAGGAGUCAAUGAAGUCUGUGACGUUAUUUCUGGCCACAGUUAAGCAUACAGAACACAUUAGUGGAGGCUGUAUUCUGAAAUGCUCUGCUCUCUCUCACCACAACUAUUUUCCAAGGCCACAUAAAUGAUUAGCUGGGUAGAAAUCUUGUUAAUCUGUCACUAGAACUGUAAAAACACUUAAAACCCACGUCUCUUCAGCUAGAGGCUUUUGAAAGUAAUGGAGAUGUGGUACAAAAGUGUUUCAGAGUACAGCUUUCUAUAUGACACAGUAGACACUUUGUAACACACUAGUUGAUGCAAAUCAGUAAGACUGCUAUACUGGCUGAGAAUCCUUUAUCUGGAAGGCUCUGAAAUAUGGUAGUUUUCAAGUGCUGACAUUCAUUAUGACUCGUUCAUAUUUACUCACCUCUGUAAUAUUAUGAAUGGUAUUGCAGGAAAGUAUUAUCUGAAUCUUAUAUGUAGUGCAUUCUUUUGACUUAUGAUAUAUGCAAUAUAUCAAAUUUACCAUUGUUUUUUAACACAACCAUAUUCUUAAGCUGAGGUAUGUGCGUGUGCGUAAAUCCCCAAAACUGCAGUACAAACAUCAGCAUUUUCUUAUAUAGCUAUCCUCCCCUGCUCUUCUUAAUACAAUAUUCCUACAGAGCCACAAGUGUAGUGAUUGGAGGAAUAGAGACACAGAGCAUUACCUUGGAUCCUGACAAUCACUUAUUCUGAUGCUUAAGGUGCUAUAGUUUAUAUAUUGUAUCAUUCUUCAGUCCUCAAUCAGUGCCUUGCUUAACUAAAGAUUUAUUGCCUUCAGAUCAGCAUUCCAGUGUGUCGAUGAUGUUCCUGAAUAUGGGAAUGACUGGUUCUCACUGGAAUGUGUUACCUGUUUAUGUCCUCUGGUAUAAUGUAUACCAUCAAGUGGCCCUUCAUUUAACAUCACCUCUUGCUUCAUAGUGUCAUCUUCAGUGUUCCCAUGAUGCUCCAGAAUGUGGGAAUGACUAGUCCUCCCUGGAUUGUGUUACUUAAUUAUGUCUUCUGUUUAAUAUCAUAAUACACCAAGUAGCUCUCCAUUUAACACCACCUCUUGCAUCACAGUGUCAUCUCCAGUGCAUUGACAUAUCCCUGUUCUCAUGUCACAAUGCAAUUUCGCCUGUCUGGCAUGUAACCUAACCUAACUUCACCUAACCUAACUAGAGCAUUCCGGGCAAGGCAUUCUCAGCAAAGUGUCAUUGAUAUUUUUAAGAUAGCAUUUUAGCAAUGACUAUGUACUCUAGUAUGUAUCCUGCCAUUAUGACUUACACGUUGCCUCUUUAAGUACAAAGCCAAGACGUGUGAGUCAAGGCUAGCUAGCGGUGGCUCUGCUCGGUCUGUGCAGCAAUUGGGUGCCUUUGUUAUUGUGUGUUCCUUGCUUUGCCUUGCGCUUAGGUGCUGUAGUGCUAGUGAGUAAUGGUGGUGGUGGUAGUGGUGGUGGUGGCAGUGGUGGUGGUGGCAGUGGUGGUGUGGGUCCUCUUUUGAGUAUUUGUAAGGAGAGUGUGGGAGUGGAUUGGUUGGUGUAAUGUGCUUAGUUAUUACUGGUGUAUUAGUAGUGAAGGAGUGUGUGUUUGUGAGGGGUGGUGUAUGCACUAUGUGUACAUGUUGUUGCUUUAGUAGGAAUGCCAUAAUUGAUUUUUACUUGAUUACAGGUGAAUUGUGAUUUGUAAAUGAGUUACAUUCCUUGAAAAUCAUUUAUAUCUUGAAAACUUGUAAAUUAGAUUUGAAAAUUUUACAUCAAAUGUGAAUUUUGUAAUUUUUGGUAAUUUUUUUAAGCUUAUUAUUUAUAAAUAUGAAUUGUGCAUAUGUAAAACAGUACAGAAGACAAAAUCACCUACUUGUACUUUAAAAACCAUAAAAGGAACAUUUGUAAAUCAUGAUUCACCUACAUGAGAGACAGGAAGAUGUGAGAGUGAGAGGAGUGAAGAAUGCAAGGGUAAGGAGCAUUGGGUGAAGCAAGGCAAGGCUUCUCUGUCAUGGCUACAUCCCAAGGCAACAGGUGUUUGCAAGGUGGCAACUGUGUGUGGCCCUGGGGAGUGUUGGUUAGCUGAAUGGACUGGUGAUUGUGUGUGUGUGUAUGUAGAAGAGUUCUUUUGAAUUAGAUCUACAGAGUUUAUGAGAAUAUAUGAUGUCUCCUUUUGUUUUCUCCUUUAUAUCUUUUCCCUCCUCUCUUCUCUCUUUUUAUUGCUUUCAUAUCCAUUUUUUUUUUACUUCCAUUCCUUUUUUCUUUCCUAUAUAGUCUUUUCUUUUACACUCUCUCUCUCUCUCUCUCUCUCUCUCUCUCUCUCUCUCUCUCUCUCUCUCUCUCUCUCUCUCUCUCUCUCUCUCUCUCUCCAAAGUUUCACUGCAGCAAGGUUUAAUUUCUAAUGCUGUGCUUUAUAUAGAAGAAUAUUAAAAUGUGCUUGAAUUGAUCUAUUUAGUUAAAUAGUGUAGCAGCUACAAGCCAUGCAACAAACAAUGUACUAACCUAUUACUCUUGUGGUGCUUGGAUUGACUACUAAUAAUAAUCUUGUAUCAUGUUUUUACAAUAGUGCUGUUGUUACAUUAUAGUUAAGUAUACUAUAUAAAAAAAAACAUUUUGUUACAUUUUUUGGCAUGCCUUUUAUGAACUCAUGUAAUGGGUAAAGAUUAUAUAUUGAAACUAAUAA